AAGAUCAUACCACCAUUCACCGCUUCUCUCUCUCUCUCUCUCUCUCUUCCUCUUCAUUUCAUUUCAUUUCUCCACGAGCCUGAAUCCCCAGAGGGUUUCGGACCUAAAUUUUCUCCCACCAUUUCCAUUUGAUCCCCUUCUAUUUUAGGGCUGUUUCCAACGAUUUCGCCUUGUUUUUCAUCCCCUCCGUAAUGGGUCAUUCUCACACGCAGUCCUCCAUCUCGCCGCCGCCGCUUCCAGAUCGACGACAAUCACUCAUGCCGCCCUCUGCUUCCGAUUCCACUCGUUCUAUCUCUCAAUCCGUCUCUUCUUCCAUUACUCUUGAUGGGUCCAACCCUUUUUUGUAUUCUCAUCAUUCUCUCCAACUCGAUGCGGAGCAAACCCAUUGGACAGAUGAGAAACACAGAUUAUAUCUUGAUUCUUUAGAAGCAUCUUUUGUUCAAGGUCUGCAUCAACAUAGGCGCAGGCAUGCUUUGUCGAUGGAACAGAAAAUGCAUUGGAAGCCGUUCAUGCCUAAUAUAUCUUCUUCAGAGUUGAUGAUCCUUCAAGAUGCCUCCUGGCAGAAGGCUAACAUUGGGAGGAAUGAUCCUUCAUUGGAUAAGACUGCCGAUUCUCCUGCUAUUUUAGAGGAUCUAUGGAUAAAUCGUUUUCCUUCUGCAGGAAAACAGUGUACUCCGGAAAUUCCUGAUGUCCUUGAAGAAUGUGGAAGUUGUAGUGAUAGGAGACACUUAAGAAACACGUCGAACUCCUGUGGAUCUGCCAGAAGUUCACAGCAGAUCCCUCCAUGCUGUCGCGAUUCCAAUAUAAUCAUUACAGAAGUUUCAGAUCAAAACUUUGUGGAUGAUCAUCCGAGAGAGUUGUCUGGUGGCAUACCUAUUGCAAAAAGAUUAAAAAAAGUUUCUUCUGAUUCGUCGGGCAAUGACCAGGUUGUACCAUAUAAAAGAUCAAGCCAGACGUCAUAAUAUUAUCUUCAGAGCAUCCUCAAAACUCUAUGCCUCCAAAUUCAGAACUGUGUUACUGUGUAAGAGGGAGCUGACAACAAUUCAAUUCAACCAGUAAAAGUACCUGGCUGUUCAAGCUCGUUAACCAAAUGCGACACGAUUUUGUUUUCUUCUCGAAAGAGCAUUGUAAAGAAAAUAAGGGAAGUGACAGGAAAUAAUUCUACCAGAAGAUCUGUGGCAGGAAGGAGAAAAUAUGUUUGUGUAUGGUACAAACUAAACUUUUUCCUAGUUCAAAUAUUGAGUGAAAUAUGUUAACCCUUUCAUUUCUCCUGUUUUCCAUUUUUCUUAGAGUUUGAAAAGAUGGAAAGUCUACUAGAUGUAGGGUAAUUCAUACAUGUUAUAGAGAAGAUAGAAACCCUGAUAGUGAGAUAGAUACACACCCUUUCUCUUAUUUGUUUGAAAUACUCUCAUUCUGAAGUUCUCAAGUGUAAAUUAUUACGUAAAACAAAGUGUCAUUCUUUUGUGGCACUGAAAGAGAAUUGAACAAACUUAUUGAUUUUCUUAAGGGGGUAAAGUUUUUCCAUUGUAUUGUAUCCUGGUGUUUUACUCAACUAUUUGAUAUUUGUUACUUUUGUUGCUAGCAGCAUAUCCUCAUUUUGCUGCUAGGUUGAAACAUUUGUGUUCAAGCGAUUUGGAGGACAGUUAGAUAAUGAAAUAAUAGAGCUUCUGCUCUUAUUUAUGGAGUUCAUCCCA